UCUGAGACCUCAACUGUCACAUGCCACACAGAAGCUAUUGUAUCAGUUUACAAGAGCCAUGGCCUCCAAUCAUGACUACCAUCUCAUACCAGCUGUCAAGAAAGAACUUUCCAGAAACACCGGAGGGUUCCAUUGUGAGUUUGUGAAGCCACUAGAAAGAAAUAACCUCCAGUCAGAGUGUCCAGUUUGCCUCCAGAUCAUUCGAGAUCCCCACCAGGUCACAUGCUGUGGCAAGAAGUAUUGCUACACUUGUAUUGAGUACAUCGAAACCAGUGGAAGACCUUGUCCAAAUUGCAACACCAAGGAUAUCGUUUCUUUUCCAGAUGUUGGACUUCAGCAGAAGCUGUAUGCUUUGAAAGUUCGAUGUAGCCACCAGAAAGACGGGUGUGAGUGGACGGGGGAACUGGAGCAGCUUGAUGAGCACCUCAACACAAAUCCAUUGCAAGAGAAACAACUCAAAGGAUGUCCAUUUGCCGAAAUCAAUUGUCUGUACAAUUGCGGAGACAAAUGGCAAAGGCAAUAUAUUCAAUCGCAUAAAAAUGAAUGCUCCAAACGUCUAUUCGGCUGUGAGCACUGUCAUCAUUAUGUUUCCACCUUUGAUGAUGUCACCAACAACCACUGGCCUGUGUGUGGGUCCAUCCCUGUCCCCUGCCCUAACGAGUGUGGGUCAAUUCUUCAACGUCAGAAUAAGGACAGCCAUGUUGCCGAUGAGUGCCCCCUGACCACCAUCAACUGUGACUUCCACCACGUAGGCUGUGCUGUGAAACUUCCUCGACAAGAUAUGCCGGAACACCUGAGAGAGAACCUCCUCACACACAUCUCUCUAUUAGCCACCAGUCAUGCCAAACAACAAGACGACCUCGCAGAGCAUAAAACAGAAAUUAACAAGCAAAAAAAUGAAAUCGUUGAAGCUAAAACUCAGAUUGCAACUCUAGUUGAUGAAAAUAAAGCACUGCAGAUCAAAAACACAAACUUGGAACAUAAUCAUCUGUCACUAGCAACCAACUUCAACAGAGUACAAAUUCAGCUAACAGGAGAAGGCCAGGCCUUGAAAGAAGAGAAUAUUCAGCUAAGGAAAGAGCUCUCUGUUUUGACAAAACAGACAAGAGCGAGGCGUUCAGUCGAUGCUUCUCCACGCACAACUAUACCACUAACCCCUCCUGUCCUAGCUAUGACCAAUUUUAGUCAGCGAAAGAAAAGUCUCGAUACAUGGUACUCAGCUCCAGUCUAUAGCCAUGGGCAAGGCUACAAGCUCUGUCUAGGAGUCUACCCAAACAUCCCAAACAAGCACAUCUCCGUGUUCAUACACUUUAUGAGAGGAGGGUUUGACGAUUCCCUACUAUGGCCGUUUCGUGGUGUGAUUUGGUUUCGACUGCUCGAUCAAGUCAAACACAAGGACCAUCGGGUUCAAAAGGUGGUGUUUGAUGAUACGGUGGAAACGAGAGUGCGUAGCAGAGUGACAGAGAAGGAGCGAGCAGAUAAAGGGUUGGGUAAGGGAACAUUCAUGGCUCACGCUGAGCUCGAUUCAAGAUACUUGCAAGCAAACACACUACUGUUCCAGAUCUACAGAGUUGAGCUAGCCUAAUUCAAGAGAAUGAAUGACAUUUGCACCUAUUACAUAUUAUUGCGUGAACACUGAAAAGACUAUUAUUACCACUGACAUAGAUACAUGUAUAAUAUGAACGAUAAUUUCUGUAUGUACAUGAACGGCAUAAUAAAAUGUAUUAUCUUCCUUUUCACCCCCCUCUCCACGACCUUCUGGGCCAUAUACAUUGUCCUGUA